AGUCAUUCGCUUUUGGACUACGGUCUAGAGCAAGCAAGGCAGGAUGGAAAGUCGUACUCUUUUAACGUUAAGCUCUCCCACAUGUGGUGGUACUACUAACCAACCACUUUAAACUUAACGGAGCAGUUAGCUAAUAUUUGCACAUUAUACUUUUUUUCGCAAAUCCUCUCAUUAGUCACACAGACAGAAUUUUGACUAGAUUUAAAACUUGAGCACUUCUUGUCGCCAAGAUUUAUUCGCAAAUUCAACCUCAUACUUUCAUGUCUUCCCUACUGGACUCCGGUAGUGGAAGGCUAUUAACGAAUACUAUAAUAACAAGUCAGAUCUUUGACACGAAGGGUCUGCUUGGUAUUGCUACAUUUUUUAGUUAUCAUAGGGUUAUCGGUACGGAGGAAGGAACAUCUUCAAGGUUGACAUCGACGCCACGAAACAAGUCGUCGUCGUUGUCAAGUCCAGUGAACUUGGAUAAGUUUCAGGAGAGAAGUUAGGCGUAGAUUUUUUUUCAGAGAUAUAUCAGUUGUUCGAGAUACGUACAUGGUAUAGGUUAAGAUAAGCCUUCAGAUAUCCAAGAAAAUAAGAUAACAAGUACUUAUCUGUAUAACGCUACGGGGGAACAUUUCUUCUAAGACAAAAAAGGUUUGACAGCAAGCUGUUCCUAAAUUUACCUAAGAACAAGACAAGAACAAUUGCUUGCUGGAUCUAUCGACUAUUGAUAAUCGACCUGUGCGCGGAUGAAUGAAUAAUAAGAAAUUACUCACUACUACAAAUAAUCACUGUCACGGGUCCAAAAAUAGAAAAAAUACGAUUUGGACCCUUCUAAUAAUCCUGCAGAUUUAUCAGCACUAAACUCGUCGUCCCACCCACAUUUCUUCUAGGAGGAAACAACAGAACUGAAAUUUCUUACGCUACACAAACCGAAAUAAGAAAUAAGAAAAAAAAGUAUCUCAAAAAAUUUCGACUGAUCAAAAAUCUGUCAGACUGGAUAUUCUACUACUUUUGAAGUGCUCCUUCUUCUCGCUAAGACCUCUUUCGCAGGGAGCGUCCCUUAAGAAGUCGCUCCUUCUUCGCCGCAGUAAAAAAUCUUCGUCGCAUCUUCUUGUUCCAACAUGAUUUUAGAAACGGGACAGAAAUCUUCUUCUUCGGAGGGAGGAAAAAAGAACGUUCCGAAACCGCCGGAUGGUGGUUGGGGAUGGUGGGUGGUUGCUGCGUCCUUUUUGAUACAUGUAGUCGCUGACGGCGUAGCGUACACAUUUGGCUUAUUUUUUGUCAAAAUUUGUGAGGAUUUCAAAGAAUCAAAGAGCGCGACAUCAUGGAUCGCGUCAAUCAUGGCUGGAAUGACGUAUGGCGUUGGACCACUGGCCGGUGCAGUGGUGAACACGUACGGUUGCCGAGUAGUUUCCAUCACGGGAAGUAUCAUUGCCGCGUUUGGAUUCGCCAUCAGUUAUUUCGCUCAGUGUGUGGAGCAUCUUUAUUUAUCCAUCGGCGUCAUUGGGGGGCUUGGUCUGGGGCUAAUUUAUCUUCCUGCGAUAGUGUCGGUGACUAUCUAUUUCGAAAAGAAAAGAGCGUUUGCUACAGGAAUUGCUGUGUGCGGAAGCGGUGCGGGCACCUUCAUCCUUGCCCCAUUUAUCGAGUGGUUGAUCAGGGCGUGCGGAUGGAGAAUGUCACUGGUCGUGACGGGGGGCAUAAUUCUACUCUGCUUCGUCUUCAGCUUGUUCUUCCGUCCGCUGGAAGAUGACGAUUACGAGGACAGCAGUCAGGAUACCAUUCCCACCAUUGUGGAACCGGACGAGGAUGACGAAGAGGAACGGGAGGCGGUGCAACCCUUGAUGAAAAUGAAUGGUUCUCUGAGGCCGAAGGCGUUUAAUCUGGUCAUCAACGACACGCCCUUGACCAUGUCAUGCAGCCAGCCCGCUCUGAAAUCAAUCGUGGCUGAAAGCACCGACUCGCUGCCACGAAUGGGCCGCCUGACCACGAAACGCCACUCGCUGAAAACCCUAGAAUUUGGGAGCAACGCCGGAUUAAGGACGCCCACUCAGACCCCGCACACCGGUGUAAUCCUGCAAAGAAAGGAUAUUUUCUACUCAGGCAGCCUCGUCAAACUCUCCGCACAACUUUUCCCGUCAAACGGGAAUCUCCCCAUGCAAACGGAGAAAAAAGCCGUUUACGGCGAAACGGAGGAUGUGACGGAUGCCGAAGAAAUGUCCGAAUUUAAAAAGGUUUUUAAAGCCAUGAUGGAUCUGUCACUGCUGAAAAAUCCAAUCUUCUUAUUUUUCGCGUUCUCCAACUUUUUUACGAGUAUUGGAUACAACGUGCCCUACAUUUAUUUGGUGGAUAAAGCGGCUGGGGAUUCCAGCGCGCCUAAAAAUGACCUCCAAGCAGCCGGAUUUCUACUGGCAAUCGUCGGCAUUUCGAACACCUUGAGCCGUGUUAUGCUCGGAUAUUUGAGUGACAAGCCGUGGGUCAAUAGAUUAUAUUUGUACAAUACGGCACUCAUCAUUUGCGGAUUGGCAACUGGAAUCUGUUCACAUACGGAUAACAUUAAUCUGCUACGACUGUAUGCGGCAACGUUUGGGGCAACAGUUGGAGUCUACGUCAGCCUCACCUCCGUCAUCUUAGUGGAUCUCCUCGGCCUGGGAAAACUCACAAAUGCGUUCGGCUUACUCCUCUUAUUUCAAGGGAUCGCCACCGUCGUAGGGCCGCCCAUGGUUGGUCUCCUGUUCGACAUCUUUGGCGACUACGAGUACGGCUUUUGGUUGGCUGGAGGGAUGAUCUGCUUAAGUGGAGGGAUGCUCUUCCUAAUUCCGCUUUUAGAGAGAAAGUCCAAUUACCCGAAUAUGCAGCAGGCUGACUGCGACACCGAUGGGACCAAUAAUGAACACAUAGUAAUCUAUUGUCCCGGAGAGAAGGGGAGAAAGGGCUCGAACAACAAUGUGAGCAAAUAUUAGGACGAGAUUCACCAGGUAUUUACGACGGUAAAAAAAAUAGGGAGAUUACUGGCAGUCCAGGAUUUGUACCAAUAGUUUCAGACAAUUUAGACUAGAGAAAUGUUAGAUUUUUUUUGUAAUGAUGAAUUAUACAAUUUCCUUCAGUUUUAGACUAAAUAUUAGAUUUUUUUUGUAUAUGACAUAUAAAAAAUGAUGACAAGAGAGAUGAUUAAUUCUAAAAAAAAUUGUACGGAAUAACGAUCCAUGAUUAUUUAAAGAGUUAUUACGUUUAAACUAAUGUUCAACUUUACUUUACGGAGCUUUCAUUAAGUUGUGGAUAAAAAAUGAUGUGUUAUUUAUAUUAUAUGUAAAUGUGUACCGGUGUGAGUAGAGAAACCUUAUCGAAUGUGUAGUCAGUCAAUAUUAUAAGAGAAAUUGGAUGAGUGAAUGUAUCUGGUUAGAAAAUGGAUUAAUUAUUUAUCGUAGUUAUUAAAUGAGUGACUGAGUUUUCUACUGAUUUGAUGAUGUAACGAUAAGUCUAAAUAUUUUUCAGAUACUCUUGUAUGUAGUUGCCACUACCUUAUAUUUUUUGUUAUUAAUGAUUAAAUGUAAAUUAAAUAUUUACAUAUUUAGGAAUGAAUGAAUGAACGAAUGGAAGAGAAUUGAUUUGAUUUGCGGUGCUGGAAGGGAGAUGAACAGACUUCUUUUUUUUUUAGUAAUUCUUGUUUAGAACUCGAUAUAUUUUAGAAAUUCGAAAAUUAUUAGAAAAGUGUGACAUUGCACGGCUUUUAAGAACUAUGGAUUAUUGUAAAUACGAUCGUUUUGUAUGUGCUACAUAAUAAUAAUAAACUAUCCCAAGAACAGA